AUGACGAUUUCAUCGAUCUCAUCAACUGUAAAGGGCGCCAAGAUUUGGUUGAUCGACAUCACUGACGACGUGGACUUGGUCUUCUCGCUCCUGGGCGAGAUGCGCUGUCGGGUGUCCCUGGCGCUGGCCUUCACGGUGCGAUCGCUCAGCAUCGCGGACUGCAAGGACUUGGUGGAAGCCAAGGCAGAUCUGACCAUUGCGGACGGCCGGGGAUACACGCCCCUCCACAACGCGGUGCGGUUUCGCAACGUGGAGGCCGUGAGGUUCCUGCUGCAAAACGGCGCGCGCCAGGGACUCCGGGACAAGCUGGGCAACACCUCCUUGCACGUCAUCCCGCUCUACGCCGACGAGACGACUCUGCAGCUGUGCCAAGAGCUGGGUGAGGAUGCCGCGUACUUGCAGAAGAAGAACCGAGCUGGGCUGCAGGUGCUUCAGCGGUUGGAGGCCUGGGCCUUAACAGCGGUCAAUGGAGGGCCUUACAAGCCCGUGCUGGACUGGAUUCAGCUCCAGAAGCAGGAGCAUCCCUUCUUGGCGGAGAAGGGCAAAGACGGCAAGAAGCGCAUCCGGUCUGAUCGCUUCCAGGUGAGCACUCACUCCACCCAUGUGGUGGUGCGGGAGCAGGAGCGGACUGUGCACGUGGUGGAGCCAGAGUUUACUCCACUCUGCCACGUCGUCUAUGUCGGCCUCCCGCGAUUCAUCCCCUUCUCCCUUCAACUGCCUGCGCUGCAGCGUUGGGCCGGGGGGCUGGGGGUCAAGGUCUGGGCCAUCUGUGAAGAUUCCGUUGACCCCGGGCUCAUGAAGGACGAGGACCCAAAGGCCUUCACGUCCGACCUGGCGUUGAUCGUCGAAGGCUUGCUACCCUCGCUGCCGGAGAAGUUCGUGCUCGUGGACAGCAGCUGGGGACCAGGCACCUCGCUGGUGUGGAAGUUCAAGGAGCGCCUGCAGGGCGCGAUGAUCAUCAACACGCACCUCUUCAAGGCUCCCGAUUUCGACGACACCGAGGCAGCCUGGAAGAUUAAGACUCGGAUGGCCCAACUCGGCGACCUCUUCGAGCGACGUGAGAUGGAGAACAUCCUCAAGGUGCUCCCAGACUUCAUGUACCCGACGGGCGGCGCCGACGGGGUGGAAGCGACCAAGAAGACCUACGCGGCCGCGGUGUCUUCAGCGUCGGAGAAGUUCUGGAAGCUGUCGGCGCUGCAGCCGUCGUGGAACUUCAACCACCUGACCCCAAUCUUGAGUUCGCAGAGCGAGUGGCACAUGGACUCCUUGCCGGUGGUGCUGGCCUGCAGCGACCAGGCGCCGCUGGUCGUCGUUGGGGAAUCCAUGCAGCGGCUGAACCACCUCAUGCCCGGAUCGAAGCUCGAGUUCAUCCCCUCCUCCAAGUGGUCCUGGCAGCUGGAGGGGGAGGACAUUUGGGACGAGACCGCGAGGCUGCUACAGCCUCUACUACCCGCCGGUGUGGACGUGCAUUCCUACCCACAGCCGAUAUAUGCCUGCAAAGAGCACAAGAAAGUACAUGUGAUUGCGCCAGACUCGUCUCCAUCCGCCCAUGUGCUGUACCUGGGCCUUCCCCGAUUUAUUCCUUUCGCGCUGCAGCUGCCAGCGCUGAAGCACUGGGCCAAGGUUCUGCGCGUGAAGAUCUGGGCCAUCACUGAGGACAGCAUCGACUCCGAGAAGUUGAAACCAGGCGCGAGUGCCAGCGAGUUCCAGGACGAGCUGACCAACCUGGUCAGCGCCCUGCUGCCGGUGCUGGGAGAGAGGUUCAUCCUCGUCGAUAGCACCUGGGGCUCCGGCACGUUCUUGGCCUGGUGGCUGAGAGAUCGACUCAGCGGGGCCUUGAUUUUCAACGUCCACCUCUUCAUGGCCCCCGACUUCGAGGGCACGGAGCCGGCGAAGAAAAUCAAGAACAGGAUGGCCAAGUUGGGAGAGUUUUUUGAGAACAAGGACAUGGACAGCAUCAUGGGAGUGCUCCCAGACUUCAUGUACCCGACGGGUGGCGCCGACGGGGUGGAAGCCACCAAGCAGGCCUAUGCGGCCGCGGUGUCUUCAGCGUCGGAGAAGUUCUGGAAGCUGUCGGCGCUGCAGCCAUCGUGGAACUUCAACCACCUGACCCCAAUCUUGAGUUCGCAGAGCGAGUGGCAGAUGGAUUCCUUGCCGGUGGUGCUGGCCUGCAGCGACCAGGCGCCGCUGGUCGUCGUCGGGGAAUCCAUGCAGCGGCUGAACCACCUCAUGCCCGGAUCGAAGCUCGAGUUCAUCCCCUCCUCCAAGUGGUCCUGGCAGCUGGAGGGGGAGGAGGUGCUUGAGUCCGUAACAGAGUUGCUCGACAGCUUGCUACCAACGCAUCUGUCAGACAAGCACAUGGGCAAGCGCUCCCUGCCCCUCCUCGGCCAGCAGGUCAUCAUCCCUCCGAGCAUCGAUGGGGACGAGCAUGAUCCGUUCUGCCGCAGCUGCGACCGAACCUGCCGUGCCGAUCAGCCUCUGUGCCCAGUGCAAUGA